AUGAAAAACUUCUUCAUACAGUUAGCAAAAGAACAAAUGCGUUUGGACGAGGAGAAACGGACUCAACGGCAACGGGAGUUGAUGGAAGAACGUGCACAUGUUUUGAACUUGCGCGUGAAAGAACAUUUGGAUCAGGAGUUAAAGAAGCCAGUGAAUGAUCUGCAGUUGCUCAACUUACGCGCAUUCUCCGACUGUCUUGUGGUGUUGGAAUUCCUGCAUGCGUUCACUGAGAUCUUAUGCAUCGAUUCGGAAACCAUUCCAACAAUGGGGGUUCUGCAAGCCGGCCUUUUGGAUCGUGAACCAACAUGCCAACGAGCAGUGCUUCAUUUACUCAUUGAGCUGCUCAAAUUUGCUAUCCUCGAUCCCGGUUUGCCAAGUUCCCGUUUGGUCACACAACUGCUGGGUCAGCGCUUUAGCGAGUUGGAAGUGAACGAAUUUACUGUGACUGGGUUACUACGGGUGUUUCUGAUCGGACGGAACGGCUUCGAAGAUGACAUGUCUGACUGGCUUCGACCGCCUACGCNCAGCAAGCCGCUCUCCUUGCUUUUGCUUCGAUUUUUGAUGCUCAGAAAAUUCGGUGUUUGUGGGCCAAACGAAUCCGGCGAAAAUUAUCCCCAAAUGGCUCAGAUUCAGAAGACCCCAUCCGCAGCGGUCGCCAACGCUGAUCAUUUGGGGGCGGAUCCAUCGACCGGCAGUCGUCCGACAGAUGAUCCGACUGCAUCCAAUUUGAUGGAGGAAGCCGGCCACUCGCCCGUUGGAGUUAGUGAGGAUACCGAGACGGAGUCGUUGCGACCGGAGACAGAGACUAACAUCUCAUCCGAGAUGGAAUGUGUAACCACAAAUAGUCACACCCGUAACGGGACAGGGAAUAGCUGCACUGCGACAUCCAAAUCUUCUACCGCUUCCAUUUCCGUCAGCAACGAAUCGGCUCCCGCAUCUCUAGCCACCGGAACAUCUACCGCCGCAAAGAAAUUGACAAGCACGUCCUCGACCACAGCCUCGUUAUCUGGAGCGGCCGCACCAAAUGCAUCAGCUACUGCUACAGCAGCUGUUUCUGCUGCGGCUAUGGCCACCGCCUUCUUAUCUGGAGAUGAAGAUGAGGUGGAAGAUGUAGCCCAGUUGGAGGCCAGGAUUGAAACUCUAAACCAGGUUGUGGAAUAUAAACAACGUGCGAUUGAAGAGUGCUCAUAUCGUCUGUCUGGAUUAUUUCUUGGGCAAGAUCGUUUCUAUCGUCGCUACUACAUUUUCGGUCAUUUGGGUGGAAUAUAUGUUCAAGGGCAUGCAGUUAAACAACAACCAUCCACUGUUCUGUCAUCUGACGAUCAGCCUGCCCCAGUUGAAACGGAAGGACUGAGCUCAGAUUCAACAGACGCGAAGGAUCGUGAUUCAACGGAAAUCAGCCAGGAUAGACAAAAUGUGCCGGGAAGUUCAGACACAACCAAUGAUAUCAGCACUCCUUUGCUGUCUGACUAUCAGCUAGAUGAUGACGAUGAUGCUCGACUUGGUUUCGAUCCGGAUCAGAUCGUUACUCUGAUUCAGGAGCAUCAUAAACUAGCAGAAGCCAGGCGAUAUAAAAUCAACCUACCCUCGAGUAGUGUACAUGGUUCAUCCCUGUCCACGACGUCAACCGCUGGUCAUAAUCAACAUCAUAACCAAACUCAUCAAUCCCAGCUGACUUCAUCUGGAUCCGCGCAACAAACCAGUACACCUAAACCCUCGCUCACUCCAAACACAUUGUCGGCAGAGCUGUUAUCCGAAUCUGUUCACUCACCCAAAGCUAGCAGUCCGUUAACUGCUACUGAUUCCUCAGUCCCGGUUGCAUCGAAAGACUCAUCGGAAAAACAGGUAUGUUCUGUUGGUGAUCUGUUACAAGACACCAGGGGCACUGAAGCUCGCGAAGAUCCCACAUCGCCUAGAGUAGAUUCCGUAGCGCCGGAGCUACGUCCUGAAGAGUCGCAUUCCGAACCCCAGUCCACAUCCUCACAAACACCAGACACCUCAGGUGCACUAGCUCGCUUUGUAAGUGAGAUUGAUGGGCAAGACCUAGGCGAGUUGAAUGCAUCAAGUCCGAAGCCAGAUUCUUCCGAACAGGUUACAAAACUGACGGCAUGUUCAGAGGAUAGAACCGUUCAGGAGGUUAAAAAGAUGCUACCCGAUGAAACUGCGAAUACUUGUGAAAAUGUGACAGAGAAAGAGGCGGAUAAAUCUCAUAGUGCGACAUUGGAAACUUCAGCCGAUCCGACUGAGCUUCCUUGUGCAUCAGUUUGUGAGCCAUCUUCUGAGACUGUCGUUGAAGAACCGUGCCACAAAUCAGACGAAGAAAAACUAGCGAUGACUUCUGAGUGUAAUGUACUGAUGAGUAAUUCGAAAGUAGCUGAGGAUUCUCCCAAGAAUUUGACGGAGAGCGUUGGAACUGAGAAAAAGGAAGACACGUGUACACUUGAGCAAAGCCAGGCAAUCGAUCCUAGUCACACAGGUUUGCCUUGGAAGUGCGAGGAUUUUACCGAUUCUGUGCCACAAAAUGCAAUAAACUUAGAUUUAAAAGUUGUGAAGAAUGGCGAAGAGUCGUGUAGUUCUCAUGAUAUCACUCCAGUGAAUUCUAAACGCGAAACAUGUGCGAACGCGCAGCCGUUGGAUCUGUCCACCAAAUCUGCCCCAGAUGGACCACCUGAAGUUCUUCAGACCUUGAAGUCCGCAUCUCUUCCGGAAACACCAGAGGCCAGUUACGCGUUCAUAACCAGUUUGGGUUUGGAUGAUGUAGCCCUGACCACAGCUGCACUUCUGUUCAUGACACAUACCUCGAUCAUUCCGGCUUCUGUGGCCUGUAGUGAAACUUUGUUUGAACCAUGGAAAUCAAUAAUAGCUCACUACAAAUCGAUAUUGAUUUGGGCUCUAAUGGAAGAGUUACGCGUAGAUGGUUCGUCAGAAAUGUUGGACAAUAUUGUGAACUCAAAUGGUCAGAUCAAUGCGUCCCAGAUCGAUACAAACGGUGACCUCUCCGGAUCUGAAGGUCCGAAAACUUUGCGCGAUGCGGUGUUGCUAUUGAAAAAGUCAUUUGUGGAUGAAUCCAAACCGAAUGCAGCCGCUACGGGCUUGGACUCAUUGGAAGAUUUCUCUCGACCAAUUUCAGAGUCAGAGGUCGAAAACCUAGUCAAUCAGGAGCUAAAAUCCCGCCGAAUCCAAGACAAACAUCCUCAACCGACCAUCGUUCAUGCCACUGCUCGGUCAGACGACGGGGGUCAGUUGAAACCCCAAACAGGUUGGUAUCGUCUUAUCGAUCGUACCAAACUUCACGAACUAAUACACGCUUUGGCUUCACGAGGUAUCCGGGAGCGGAAUUUGGCCAAGGCACUGAAACGUGCAGAUGAUCUGGUUGAACCAUCACUGAAAGUGGCAUCGGAUGCAGUGUUUGAAUUCGACAACCUAACGAACGAUCCCGGUGCUGGAUGGGAAACACGUUUCUUACGUGUACGUUCUCGUCGCGGUAAAGGCCGUGGCGGUUCCGGUGGAAACACUGCCGCGAAUACCAGUUGCACAUGUCAUUGCGGUUCCUCUCACGCUCUGCCCGGGGGUAUACCACGCUCAGGGACACAGACAUGCCUGACCGAGUCCUCGUCAUGCGCUUCCUUUCGUCAUUUUGAGAAUACUGACUACAUGGCAAACAGUGCUUGUCCUUCGCCAAAUUCCGCUAGUGCCGAGUUCUCCUGGUCCGCAGAAGAGAAUAGUGCAGGUCCAGCUCCCGCUGGGGCAGGGCCCAAUGGAUCAGCAAACGUUGCCAGUUCCGGGGGUGUCACUAUUUUGGAGUCGCGUCUACGACGUCGUCCUAAUCACGGUACUGCACGAUCAGACAACAGUCACUCUUCGCUGGUUCAUUCCGUUAAUGAUCGACUUGAAAAGCGACCGGUUAUAACUCCUUCCUCAUUUAAGAACGGCGAUCCGCAAACAAACGGACGCACGUUGGCUGAACUUGCUGGCAGCAGUGAUUCUUCCUUCCUUGCUGAAUGCAGCUUUUUGGAGGAAGUUGAAUCGUUGGAGGAUCGAGUGCUUUCAGCUAGUUUGCAAGUUAAAGGCUGGCAGGCACCGGUAAAAGUUCUAGAUGACGAAACCAUCCAUUUGAUACCACGUACUACCCCAAAGCGUUCGCGAUUUGAACACUGGCCACUCGACUUGGCUCGGAAUCGUCUCCUUGGAUUGGAAAGCCAUUUGGAACGUCGUUAUCUGCUUCCACCAUUGAAUUCCGAAGUCCAUCUGGACGUUGUUCCCGAACCAGACGUUCCAACGAGCUCCCUGCUUUCCGGGGUUGCAACAAUGGCUGGAAGCGGAGCUAGCACAAGUGAUAACAGCCGCUCUGCGGUGUGUGAUACAGUAGAGACAGAAACGGAGAGCGAGAGCGGUAUCGGCGGUCCGGGCAGUGAGGGAACUGGCGCAAAGGACCACAAUGAAACAGUACAUCAUCCGCAAAUUCGUCGUGUGGUCAACAAGCAACCGGUAUCGGCAACCGGGGCCAACGAUUCGAAUCCAUUUGGCGUGGGCGGUAUUUACUCUCCUUUUAGCAGCUACGGAUCUGAUUUACAAGAUCCGGCCACUUACCUCUUUGGAUCUUAUUCCACUGAGAAUCUUCCCCCUGGCCUCGUAGAUUGGCGACAUCGCUUGCAUCGAGCGACAGAUAUUGCCACUAUGCGUUCCUGUAUGGAACAGUUAAAUCAAGCUAUUGCUUGGGACAAAUCUAUUAUGAAAGUGCUCUGUCAGAUAUGCCGACGCGAUAAUAAUGAGGCUCAGUUAUUGCUAUGUGAUGGCUGUGAUCAUGGGUAUCAUACCUAUUGUUUUCGGCCACCAUUGGUCGAUAUUCCUGCCGGUGACUGGUUCUGUUACGAUUGCGUGUCCAAAGCGACCAGUAAACCACACUGCUUUGUUUGUGGUGGUACACAAACAAACGGACCUUCUGGAUGUUGGAACACUGUAAAUACUACCAGUAACACGAUCACCACCACCAACGCUAGCACAACUGUCGGCAAUACUACUAACGGUAAUGGUGAUAUAGCUCGAUUGGUUACCUGUGAGCAGUGUUCCCGUGCGGUACAUGGCUGUUGUGCUCGACCCCCAAUGACUAGACUCCCACGACGUUGGAUUUGUCCUACUUGUGCUGUCUCUACUGGACGAGCGAAACCGAAAAAUGCGCCUGCUUCUACCACCGGGACAGGCGAUAAACAGCAAGGUCCUUCGGGCAAAAAUAACCGACCCACGGAUCAUGACAGUGAAACUAGCUUGGAAAGUCAUUCCACACAGCACAGUAAAGAGUCAAAGAAACCCCGGCUGGACAACUCCAAAGGUAAAUCGAUCUCGGUCAUCUCAGUAACCACGAGCAAAACCGAUCCAAAGUCCAAAUCAGCUCCGAUAGUGAACAGUACGGUGAAUCUGUCCUCAGUCACAGGCUCUUCUACCCAAUCAAAAACAUCCAGCGGAUCGAAGCUGUGCUCAAAAUCUCGACCGUUCGGUGCGGGCUUGCUGUUGAGCAAAAUGAAGAAGAACAAACAGAAGAAACAGAAAAAAAGCAAAAGUCAGUUACAUUCGGAUCCGCAACAAUCUUCACCCGUAUCAUCAGUUAAUCCGGAGCAGCAGCAACGAAAUCCGCUGAAAAAGUUCAAACUAAGCACGAAAUUAUCCGUCAGUUGUGGUACCUCGUCGAAAAAACGCACUGCAGAAUUGGCCGAUUUGGCUUAUGCCUACUCGGGAAGUGACUCGAACGAUGGCAAAGGAUCCCGAUCAACGUUCCCAGAUCCGACCGGACCGGGUGGAACGAACUCGAGCAGUACCAGCGAGUCUGUGGGACCGCAUCGAUCCCAGUCGGAGAGUAUGUUUUCGGACGAUAUCAUGUUUGACUCAAACUCCUCCAGCCGUGACUCCAGUCAAACAAAUGAGGCUGGUUCCCGUAAAGAUACAUCAAAAGAGCCGAGAGAACCCAUGAGCUCGCAGGAGCUUAUCUGGUGUCGAAUGGCCACUGAAGAUCUGAUCAAUCACGAAGCUUCUUGGGCUUUUCGUAAACCGGUGAACGUGAAACAAGUUCCGUUCUAUCGCAAAGUGAUCAAACAUCCCAUGGAUUUGUCCACGAUUCAACGCAAAACACGUGACCCCGGGUAA